AUGCCUUCACAGACUCCUGCUAAUCCCCCAGCUCACAAGCACAUCCCUAAGCUUGCUCCAAAGCUUUUCCAAGCGCAUAACCCUGGAGAUCUCGACGAGCAUCAUGCGAAGCUUGUGGCAAAGCACAUGAAUGCUCAGAGGGACGAGACUGCUCUCUCUUCGCCUCAAGCCACCACUCCAACAUCGCUAAUUGAGACGAGCUUGGCAGCAGAUCGCAGGUCUGAAUCCAGCGGUGUAGACGAGCGUCGCUUGAUUUCCUCUGGUUCAGAAGACGAUGCGUCUGAUGAAUCAAGUGAAAUCGAGCUAUUGAGUGAGCCUCCGCCUCUGCAGAACUCAAAGAGCGGCUCCCUCUCUGGGUCAAGGACCAGGAAAAUGAAAGCUAAAAAGACCAGGUUUGACACGAAGGCACAGGAGAAGGCGGCUUACAAUGAGGACGGCUUUCUUGCGGACAUCGUUGUCCAAGGGAUCAAGCCAACGGUUCAGGCUAUAGACCCUACAAAUGCACGCAAGGAUGUUGACCACUUCUUUGCUCCAGCUGAAGAGCACUUGGGAAGGCGGGGAGGGCCCAGCAAGAAGCACAACAAGUUCCUUCAAUGCAAAGAGUGGAUCAUCUCAGAUAUAACCAAUCUGCGGCGCCACAUAGAGACGAAGCAUUUGGUAUGCACCAUGUCCUCUUCUCUUCAUUCAAAAGCUUACCUACUCUCAGGCUUUGUUUCGUGCUUGGGCAAAGAAGAAUAA